GGUGUCCCUGCCCAUGGCAGGGGGUGGCACUGGAUGGGCUUUGAGGUCCUUCCCUCCCAAACCAUCCUGGAGUUCUGUGACUCCCUGAUUUGGGCCAUGGAGCAUCCUGGCUGGGAGAUGCUGCUGGGGGCUGACAUUGGCCCAGUGUCCCUGCUGUGACAAGGACUUGGUUCCAGGAUUUUCCAGGGGACUGGCCUGGAUCCUGUGUGCACGGUACAAGGCACCAGAGCAGGAGAAGAUGUUAAUUACAGCCUGUGCUAAUUGCACUCAUGAAAACACCUCAUGCAACACAGCCCCUGGCUGCCAACUGGGCCAAGGGCUGGCACCUCCUGCAGCCUGGGCUGGCAGCGGGGGGUGGCAGACCUCAGCCCCCAGGCACUGUGGGGAUCCUGGGGACAGAUGCUGAGCCCUGGGAGGGGAAGUCCAGUAGGGCUUCUGCUGCCUAAACUGAGCAGGGAUGGAGAGCACUGAUGCCACAUUCCUGCUGUCAUUCCAGGUGGGAGAUGUCUUCCUUCCAAUAAUCUGAUGCUCUGCAGGGUGAGGUUUGGGUGCCUCAGGUGACAGUGACCAAGCUGGCUGGGGUGAUGGCCAUGGACCAGGAGCAGCUCCUGCUGUCCCCACCAGCUGAGACUCCCUUCCCCAGAGCUGGCUUCCCCAUGGCCAGGAGAGAUUCCCGGGACAGGGACACUUUUGUGAGCAGCAGAUCUGACUUUAUCAAUGUGGAGUGACUGCAAUGGCUUUUAAUAGCCCAGGAAAGCCCUGUCAGAGGUGACAUCUUGUGUGACUCAGGGUCCCCGUGUGACUCAUGGCCACUCUCCACCCUUGGGUGGGUGUCCUGCUUCCACCUGAGCCACUCCAUCCCCAGGGAUGAGAUCCACACCGAGCCUUCCCCUGGGCCAGCCCCGGCCGCCCACGCAGGAUCUCCUGAUUCACCUGGCACGCUCCUGGCAGCCCCGGCCACUCGCCCGAUCCAUCCUGGCCGUGGGCUGAGCUCGGGGCGGCACCAUGGACGUGCUGCUGCUCCAUGGGCUGCUGCUCCUGCCCCUGGCAGCGCUGCUGCUCUACAGGUGCAGCCCUCCUUUCCAGUACCUCUGCAAGGUGGCCUUUUUCAACUGCUGGAUCGUGGCCUUGGCCACCGUGCUGUCCCCCUUCGCCGCCUUCCGGGGCCGCUCCGUGGAGAACAUGAAGCUCCUGCGCGCCGCGCUCCUGCCCCUCAAGCGCCUCUACGGCAUCAGGAUGCGGGUGCGGGGCUCCGAGCAGCUGCAGCUGCAGGGGCCCUUCGUGAUCGUCUGCAACCACCAGGCUUCCCUCGACCUCAUGGGAAUGGUGGAGGUCAUUCCUGAGCGCUGUGUGCCCAUCGCCAAGCGGGAGCUGCUGUACCUGGGCACGGUGGGCUGGGCCUGCUGGCUCAGUGGCAUCAUCUUCAUCGACCGCCACCGCAGGGACGCGGCCAUCGAGGUCAUCUCCCACACUGCCAGCACCAUGCGGCGAGAGAACCUCCGCGUGUGGGUUUUCCCGGAAGGCACCAGGAACCCGGGCAAAUCCAUGCUGCCCUUCAAGCGUGGGGCUUUCCACCUGGCCGUGCAGGCCCAGGUUCCCAUUGUCCCCAUUGUGAUCUCCCCGUACUGGGACUUCUUCAGCUCCAAGGAGAAGAGAUUCAGCUCUGGGACCUGCACCAUCCGAGUCCUCCCCAGAGUGGAAACGCGGGGCCUGAGCCCAAAGGAUGUCCCCGAACUGACUGAGAGUGUCCGCCAGGCCAUGGCUGAGGCCCUGGCCGAGAUGUCCAUGAGUGACCACGGGGACCAGGACAUGGAGCAGCCUCUGCUGGGGCCAGGGAAGGACAGCGGCAGCCCCCAGGGCCAGGGGGACACAGCCGGGAACAGCAAAUAGGCAGAGGGAGCAAAUCCCUCAGGGACGCCAGGGCGGUGUCCCUUGUCCCCUGAGGAGGUGUCCUGCAGCCCUGCCACCGCCCCAGCAGGACGGUGCCCUAAGGGGAGCAGAGCAGGGCAGGAUGUGGACCAGGCAGCACUCCUGAAACAGAGCAAGGUGCCCCCAAAACAGAGCAAGGGGCCGCAUAAAACCCCUCAUUGUGACUGUACGUCCCUCUGCCAGACCUGGAGCUGUGCCUGUGCCCCAGGAUGGCUCCUGCUUGCUCUCUGGGCAGGGCAGGGAUUCUCCAGGCAGGGUUGGGGGUUCCCAGCCCUGUUUUCCCUGAUUGUUGGGAUU